CCCCACGCGGCCGAGAGGGAAGUACCGAGGCCUUAUGUUCCAACAGAGGAGGAAAGAAGACUCCUCAAGGAAUGUGCUGAAGAAAGUUUCCGGUAUAGAGCCUUUCCUUUGGCUGCAGUGAGCAUGCUUGGUACUAGUUUCUUAAUUAGAAAAGGUGUUCUAAGAGAUAGCUCAAGAUUUGGCUCUUUUAUUAAAGUUGCAUUUGCUGGAAUGUGUGGAUACCUGGCUGGAAAGAUAUCCUACUUGCCAAUCUGUAGCGAGAAAUUUAAGAAACUGAAGGAUUCUCCAAUAGGAGAUGUUCUACGACAAGCUCAGAGACAUAGUUCACCUAACCGCUCCAGUCGUAAAUCUGAAUUUUCAGACAUUUCUUCAGACAUUCAGACUUCUCAGUCAUUUACUGAGUCUUCUCCUCCAAGAGCUGGAUUCCCACCUUCUUCUACCUAUUCAGAUGAGUACAGCUCAACAGAUAGAGCCCUCUCAAGUUAUGAACCCGUUCCAUUCAGUGCUUCUCUGAAUGAAUCUUCACCUACAGGAAUUACUGAUUACACUGUUCAAGAACCUGCUCCAAUUCCAGAAGAAGGUCGUAAAAAAAAAGGCAUCACAUAUGAGGAAUUAAGGAAUAAACACAGGCAGACAUAUGAUGUAAUGCAACCACCAAAGACAGAAACUCCAAGCAAGUUUUCACAGGAAAAACCAGCUAAGGAAGUUAAAGUAAAUAAAUAUGGAGAUACCUGGGAUGAGUAAGAGUCAAAUGAAGAACUGAAGAACAUUACCUCCUGUCAGCUAACUUGAACUUCAUCUAGAUUAGUCAUGAGUAUCAGCACCUUUGGUGUGCUUUGCCAGACACAACUAUUAAUAAAUGAGAAUG